AUGCGUGCCUCCAUCGUACUCUCCAUUCUCUUCUCCGCCGCAACCGUCGUGUAUGCGCAGACUCCGGCCGAGCUCGCCGCCCAGAUCCCACACUCGCCGUACACCGGCUGCGGUCUAAUCAACUACGCCUGCCACUGCACCUUCGGCGACUUCCUACGCGCCACCAUCGUGCCCUGCCUGCAGAACAACUCGACCUGCACCGCUGCCGAGAUCCAGCAGUUCGCCGCCAUCCCCCCAGGAUCUGCGCGGCCGUCAACGCCACGGCCAACGCCACCGCGUCUGCUACCAGUACCGGCAGCCCCGUAA